ACUACGGUCUACGGCCACCACCACCACCACCCACCUCCCUCCUCCUCUCCCUUUCUCUGCUCCUCUCUUGCUUCCUCCUCUACCCGCCUCACAAACUCCCUCCCUCUCCUCUUCCUCUCCCACGAAGCUCGUGUGCUGCUGGAGAUUCCCCUCUUUUGGCGUCCGUGUGCGUAUGAAUAUCAAGUUCCAGGUUUCUAAAUGUUGGGUUGAGAAUGAGCAUUCUGUUUCGCAAAGAAAUAAGUAUCAUUUACAGAGUGGUUCUCUUAAAGCAUUCAGAUUCUGUGUAUGUUGACAGCUUCCUCAAAUUGGUCUUGUCGGUCCAUGCGCAUACAUAAUUUGUAGCUGAAACAGAGACUUCUGAGUGUUCAUGUUCUUUCUGCCUCUCUGCCCUUACCAAGCUGAUUCUGCAUUUGAUGGGCUGCUCACCUUCUAAGUGUUGUUCUUGUUCACAUCUUAAGGGAUGUUUGCGUUCCCACGGGUGUGUCGAACAAACAGCUGACUCUCCAAGAGAGUCAAGGGGAAAAUCAAGCCGGGGAAGGGGAAAGACAGAUUCUAGUGCUUCAGAUGGCUCUUCGGAUGAUCUAGAGGGUGAUGAUGGAUUGAACCAAUUGAACAUUACAAGGGAAUCAAAUGUUGGUAUCAGUCGUCUCUCGAGGGUUUCUUCGCAGUUUCUUCCUCCAGAAGGGUCCCGCAAAGUUCGAGUCCCAUUGGGGAACUAUGAUCUGAGAUACUCCUAUUUGUCUCAAAGAGGUUACUAUCCAGAAUCAUUGGACAAACCAAACCAAGAUAGCUUCUGCAUACAUACUCCAUUUGGAUCAAGCCCCGAUGAUCACUUCUUUGGUGUGUUUGAUGGCCAUGGGGAAUAUGGAGCUCAAUGCUCACAAUUCGUGAAACGAAGACUGUGUGAAAACCUGCUCAGAGAUGGCCAGUUUCGUACCAAUGCUGUUCAGGCCCUUCAUUCUGCUUUCUUGGCAACAAACUCUCAGCUCCAUGCUGAUAGCUUGGACGAUUCCAUGAGUGGUACUACCGCGAUCACUAUAUUGGUGAGGGGAAGAACAUUGUAUAUUGCAAAUGCCGGUGAUUCACGUGCUCUUAUUGCUGAGAAAAAAGGAGAAGAUAUGAUUGCUGUUGACCUCUCCAUAGAUCAAACUCCUUACAGGACUGAUGAGGUUGAAAGAGUCAAGGAGUGUGGUGCCAGGGUUCUGACAUUGGAUCAAAUAGAAGGACUAAAGAACCCAGAUGUGCAGUGUUGGGGUACCGAGGAAAGUGAUGAUGGCGAUCCUCCAAGGUUGUGGGUGGAAAAUGGCAUGUAUCCAGGAACUGCUUUUACUCGUAGUAUUGGAGAUUCUGUUGCUGAAUCUAUUGGUGUUGUUGCGAAUCCGGAGAUUUUUAUCCUGGAGCUCAGUGCCAGCCAUCCAUUCUUCGUUAUUGCUAGUGAUGGGGUUUUUGAAUUUCUUUCUAGCCAAACGGUCGUAGACAUGAUUGCUAAAUACAAGGAUCCCCGUGAUGCGUGUGCUGCAAUUGUUGCUGAAUCAUAUCGUCUCUGGCUGCAGUAUGAAACUCGUACGGAUGACAUUACAAUCAUACUUGUACAUAUUAACGGGUUAACUGAUACGGGGUCCACCCAUACCGUACUGAAGGCAUCUUUACAACCAUCACAGCAAGUAGUAGAACUGGUGGGCUCUGAAUCACCAUCCGUCAUUAGUUUAAACCCCAACAAUCAGCGUUCCAGGCAGGAUAUAUCACGCGCACGAUUGAGAGCCCUUGAAAAUUCUCUGGAAAAUGGUCAAGUAUGGGUCCCGCCAUCUCCGUCACAUCGCAAGACAUGGGAAGAGCAAGCACACAUUGAGAGGAUACUACACGAUCAUUUCCUCUUCAGAAAGCUCACUGAUUCGCAGUGCAAUGUUUUACUAGAUUGCAUGCAACGGGUUGAGGCGAAACCUGGGGAUAUAGUAGUUCAUCAGGGUGGUGAAGGUGACUGCUUCUAUGUAGUUGGGAAUGGUGAGUUUGAAGUUUUGGCUAUUCAGGAAGAAGAUGGGAAGGAAGUGAGUAAGGUUCUGCAUCGGUAUACUGCUGACAAACUAUCUUCCUUUGGAGAGUUAGCACUAAUGUAUAACAAGCCACUUCAGUCUUCGGUUCGUGCUGUGACUAGUGGAACAUUAUGGGCUCUAAAGCGGGAGGAUUUCCGAGGAAUUCUCAUGUCAGAGUUUUCAAAUGUACCAUCAUUGAAGUUGCUACGGUCUGUAGAGCUGUUUACAAGAUUGACAGUACUUCAGUUAAGUCAACUUGCCGAAUCACUUGCUGAGGUAUCCUUUGCAGACGGACAAGUAAUAGUAGACAAGGAUGACAACAUCUCUUGUCUAUAUAUUAUUCAAAGGGGUCAUGUGAGACUUACAUUAGCAGCUGAUAAGUUAAAUUCAGAUUCUUGGGAUCUUCUUAGUGCUCACACAAAGAAGGUCCAACAAAGUCAAGAAAAUGGCAAUUAUGUGGUUGAGAUUGAUGAGGGAGGACACUUUGGAGAGUGGGCUCUCAUUGGAGAGAAUAUCACGUUUACUGCUAUCUCAGUUGGUGAUGUGAUCUGUUCUACAAUCACAAAAGAGAAAUUUGAUUUAAUUGUCGGGUCUUUGCCUAAACUUCCACAGGCUGAUUCCAAGCUUAAAGAUUCUCUAAUCCCAAAGGAACAUAGUACAGAUGAGGAUUUUUCCUUUAGGAGGGUUCAGCUAUCUGAUUUGGAAUGGAAGACGUGCAUAUAUGCCGCUGAUUGCAGUGAGAUCGGACUUGUCCAAAUCAGAGGCUCUGACAAGAUCAAAAGCUUCAAAAGGUUUUAUAUCAAGAGGGUAAAAGAUCUCCGUAAGGAAGGACAGGUGUUUCAGGAGAAAGACAUCAUGAAAAGUUUGAGUCAAUCAGUUUGUGUGCCAGAAGUUUUAUGUACCUGUGCUGAUCAAUCGUACCUUGGAAUACUGCUGAAUUGUUGCCUAUGUUGCUCACUAGCUUCAAUACUUAAUACACCACUAAGUGAGUCAUCUGCGCGAUUCUAUGCAGCUUCAGUUGUUGUUGCUCUAGAAGAACUUCAUCUGAGGUCUAUUCUUUACAGAGGUGUUUCAGCAGAUAUCCUAAUGCUCGACCGAUCAGGACAUCUGCAGAUAGUUGACUUCAGGUUUGCGAAGAAGUUGGAAGGUGAAAGGACUUACACAAUAUGUGGCAUCGCUGACUCUCUAGCUCCAGAGAUCGUUCUAGGCAAGGGGCAUGGGUUUACUGCUGACUGGUGGGCGCUUGGAGUAUUGAUUUAUUUCAUGCUGCAAUCGGACAUGCCAUUUGGGUCCUGGAGGGAAAGCGAGCUGGAACCUUUCGCUAAGAUUGCGAAGGGGCACCUAACUAUGCCGUCGACGUUCAGCGUGGAAGUUGUUGACCUUAUAACCAAGCUACUUGUGGUAGAUGAGAAUGCACGCCUUGGAACCACAGGCGCGGACGCAGUAAAGAAACACCCUUGGUUUGAUGGCAUUGACUGGAAACAAACAGCAAAUGGAACUUCAGCAGUACCUCAGGAGAUCUCUGACCGCAUCGACAGCUAUGUAGAAACUCUUCAGGAGGAUUUAACGGUGCCCUCUUCCAUGCCAGGCGAAGAUCCCGCUGAUUUGACUGCUCCAGAAUGGAUCCAAGAUUGGUGAUCUCAGUAGCUGGAUGAACGUUGACAGGUUAAGAAAGCUUCUUUGAUUUUCGCGAGGCAUUUUCAGAUCUUAUGGAAACAAGAUAUUCAUCCAGAUGGUUCAACCUAGUGAAGUUUUGUCGAAAUGAUGAAUUCCCAAGGUGCAAUCAUUUCUUUAGUGCCAUUGGAACGAAAAAAUGACAAAUUAGCUCCCCAGCCACUAGCAUUGGAUUCUUGCGGUACAUAUGUAUAGAUCCUUCUUUCAUUUGUCUAUUAAUUUGUAACUUUUAUCUUUAAGCUAUCCACCCAUGUGAUUUUGUGUAAAAUUUUGAAGAGGAAAAACAAGAGCCAUGUGCCUGAAGGUGAUUUGCCCGAACUUGUGGGCAUCAAAA